UCUUUUUCAUGUAGUGUUUUUCUCAUUGUGAAUUUUCUUUACAGGGUUUUUGUAUAAUUAUUUGUUCUUCAAUUCUCAUAUACCAUAUAUAAUUUGGGAUUUGUUUGGGGUUCUCCGAUCUUUGUUUUUCUCAGGAAUCUGUACAAGGAAUUUUCUCGGGAAAAAUUUCAUUUUCUUUUCUUGAUUGUUUUUUUUUUAUAUAUAUGUAUGUAUAUUGGGUUUUAAGAAACUGAAGAUCGUUUCCAUUUAUACAAAAGUGAAAUUGUAAUUAUACAUGCCUGUCAGCCUUAAAUAUGGUGUUUAAGAAGAGAUUAGAUUAUGGAUUUAAUACCUUCAACGUCCCAGAUGUGCCCCGUGCCCCUCGAUCUAUUCGGAGGAGGUGUAGGAGUAAGCGGGUAGUAGAGGACAGUCAGAUUUGUGCAUUCGAAUUGUUAGCUUCUUUAGCCGGGAAACUAUUGCAGGAGAGCGAAAGUUCGGCUUCUAGCAAUGCAUCAGAAGGACAUGAUCAUGUUUCCAUAGGUAAAGAUGUCCUUAAACAGGAAAUUCAGUAUAAUGAUGAUGAGAAACCAUUGAAAGUUGAAUGUGUUGAGCAAGGAAGCUGUGACGCGAGUGCUGUUGCUUCUGAGUCGACUAAUGAAAACAGUGAUGAUUUGAAGGAAUUUAAACCUGCUGACUCCGUUUUGGAUCGUGCUUCAAUUAAGACACGGCCUGCUUGUUCGGAGCAAAUGAGUGGCGAUUUGAAGUCUGUAAUUCGCAAAGGCAAUGUAGCAUAUGGGAAUUUUCAUGAUGAUGGGGAUCUAUGCUCUCCUGAUCUCGGGGAGUUAUGUGAUGGUAAAAGCGAGAAUGGGUUUAAACUAGAGCGGGAUGCUAAGGGUUUAGAGACCGGGAAAUCUAGCAUUGCUAAUACUUGCCCCUCAAAAGAUCCAGUUGCAUUGCCUAUGACAUAUUCGGCUCCCAUUAAUUCUAAACGAGAUGUUAAAUUGCCGUCUCGUGGGGACCGUAUUCCUAAUGCUUCUUUUUCAAGACAUAGGAAUGAUAUUAAGUUAGGUAGUAGAGAUGAUGAUGAAAACUUUUCUAGGUUCAAUAGACUUAGCUACAGGUUUAAGGCUUCUAGGCCUCCGACACGUAUUGGAGAUCGAAGGAUAAGGAAGUUGCUGACAUCCAAAUAUUGGAAAGUAGCUCCAAAGUUGAAGGAUUUCGAACAUUCUAAAGCCGAUGGAGGAAUAAGGCCUCUUUAUCGCAAGCGGAAGUCCUACUAUAACUAUGACAGAUGUCAAUACGAAAAAAUGUACAAAAGAAGAAAGUUCUUUGACCGUAGCUCGAUAGUAAAUUCUGAUGGAGGAAUCAGUAGUGAAAGUGUUUGUAAUUCACCCGAGAAGGUUGCGGAUGGAGAUAAGGGCAGUUCCGUGGCAAUGUCACAUGGAGCAUGUGGGAUACCCCCCUUGCUUACAGGUAACAAAGCAUCUCACCAGUCCAAGGAUUCCCAUGUGAAAUUCAGCAUUAAGUCCUUUAGAAUUCCGGAACUUUAUAUUGAGGUGCCAGAAACUGCAACUGUCGGUUCACUGAAGAGGACAGUAAUGGAGGCAGUGACUGCCUUACUUGGAGGUGGAAUUCGUGUUGGGGUACUACUUCAAGGGAAGAAGGUUCGAGAUGACAGCCGAACUUUAUCGCAGACUGGUAUUUCCUGCGAAGAAAAUCUGGAUUCUCUUGGUUUCACUUUGGAGCCUGGUCCUGCAAAAGCUCCUCCGCCAGUGUGCUCGGAAGAACCACCCCUUCUGAUAUCAUGUGAUAAAGCCCCUCAACAACUAACAAGCCUUCCAGCCACUCCGGUUGUAGAUAUGGCAAUUCCCGAUGCCACACCUGAUCCACUGUUACUAACCAAUACAGCACAUCCUGUGGAUAGUAAUCAUGAACCGGUUUCCUCCCAAACUGACGUGCUAACUGAUCAAAGUCUAUCGGAGUCUAGAGCUAUAGUUCCUGUUCCAGCAAUGAAUGUUGAGGCACUAGCUGUCAUCCCUGCCAGCCCGAAAGUCCGAAAAACCGAACUUGCACAGCGUCGAACUAGGAGGCCGUUUUCUGUUUUAGAAGUAGAAGCAUUGGUACAGGCAGUUGAGGAGCUUGGUACUGGGAGGUGGCGUGAUAUCAAACUGCGAGCUUUUGAGAAUGCCGAUCACCGAACUUACGUGGAUUUGAAGGAUAAAUGGAAAACAUUGGUUCACACGGCGAAAAUAUCCCCACAGCAAAGACGAGGGGAGCCAGUACCACAGGAACUGUUGGACAGGGUAUUAGCUGCUCAUGCAUACUGGUCUCAGCAUCAAGCUAAACAACAAGGCAAGCAUCAACCCGGAACUUUGAGGAUCACUGACACUGAACCCGACAGAAACGGACUUGCAACAGUCCCAACCGUUCCGAUGUAAAAAGGUAAACCAUUGACCAAGAACAAGAAGAAAAAGAAAAAACAUGUACAAAUUUGAUUCACAUUGUUAUGUAAUAUUACUCACACUACUCACUUGAUUCAUUUCCCAGCCAUUGACAUUUUGUAAAUGAAUUCGACGAAAAAAAAAUAAGAUCGGUCUAACCGGAAUUUUUACGGUUA